AUGGAGAAAACCUGGUACAGACAGUUCCUUUCCCUUAGAAGGAACAUAAUCAUGGAUCCCAACUUACUAAAUAAUUAUCACCAAUUCCAGCUACUUAAGGCGUCUUGCCCAAAUAUAACAGCUGGUUACUUAUCAUCCUUGUGGAAUCUAAUAUACCAGUCACAUCAGCAGAACCAGUACAGCAAACCUAUGCCAUGGAUUGGGAUGUAUAUCGCAUUAGCAUCUCUGAUUUGCAUCCUUGCAAUGGUGGCUGAUCUUUUACAUGGUCUGAGGAACAGAAAGCUAUGGUUUCCGUGUAAAUAUUUCACUCUGAAUGCAGCUUCUCUCACUGUGAUAGCUGUUGCAAUAAAGCUACCCAUGGAUCUAACUAAUCUAACGCCAGGAUAUAUCGACCAGGGUGCAAAGCUUGGAAGCUUGGGCUUUAUGUGCACCAUGAUGGCUAAUUUAUUGCCAUCUCUAGCAACCAUGGACAGCAAGGAACUUUGCUCAAACAUGAUAGCUUUAGCAAUUCUCAAGUCCAAAGAGAUUCUAGAAUCCAAAUACCAAGCAGCUCAUGAAACAAAUUUAAAGAAUCAAGAGUUGCAGCAACCAGGAAGAUUAUUAACUGUUGAGAAGCUAAAGCAACAUGUGAGCAACUACUGGAUCAUGGCAGGAACUGGAAGCCCCCAGUUCAUGAUCGCUUGCUCAACUACAACCUCUGCUUCAGGGGUAAUAUGUGUUUUAAGCAAUGGCAUAAUUAUAUAUCUCUUGAGUUCCCUUUUUCAAAACCUAGGAGACCACAAUUCAGAUUAUAAGUGGUCAAUGUUGGUGAUUUUUACAAUACAAUCUAUCGGAACCAUAUUGGGUACAAUUGCCCCACUUGCCAGGUGUUUUGCAGCCUUAAGCUUUAAGUUGUCACUUAAAUGGAUUUGGAAUCAUGUCAAGGUCUCUAAAGUGGAGAGCUACUGGACUCAGAAGUUGUAUGAUUGGAAACAGAGUAGCCUACCAUUCCCAUCCAGUAGCCGCAAAUGCAAGAUUCUCAUCCAGCUUUUGAAAAUCCUAAGUCUCAGCAUUUGUAUAGGAUUCCAGAAGACGGUCGUGGUAGCAUGCAAGAUGAUAGCAGUGAUUCCAAUUCUGAUAGCCGUGAUUCCGAUUUUCUUUGUGAUAUGUUUCGUGUAUUGUUUCCGUUGUUUGAAGUGGUUAAAGGCCAUGUUUAGGGCCACAAGGACUGUCUUUGGACAAAAUCCCGUGCAUCUAGGGAAAGAUGAAGAUCUAAGCCGGUAUGUUUUGCAACUUCAAGACGACAUAGAGUAUGCUGAGAGAACACUGAAAGGCAUGUUAAAAUCUGUGAAUCGCUUGAUCAAAAAGGCGGAACAACAACCACCCAAGAACCUUAUGAAGCUUCUAGUGGAAUCUAGAGGUUUUGAAGGAGUUGAAAAGAUUGACAGCCAUCUUGUCUCGCCUUUACUUUCAGAAGAAUAUCUCAAUUGUUGGAGUUUGCCAUUGGUAACUCUGACAUCCAUCGUCAUGUCUCUUCCGAACAUUCAAAAGAACAAAGUUGAUUGCUUGGUGAGUGGUGUGAGUGAAGGUCUUGUAUAUGUCAAACUUGUGGAAGAAACCCUCAAUGCUACUGAUAAUCAUGUAAGAAUUCAAAAGGCAGCUAAAACUUUGUGGGUAGAAGUUGAAGUAUACCACAAAUGGUUAGGACACAAGCUGCCAAAACCUAAGCCUAGAGUAAAUACACCUGGGCAUAUUCUUCAAUGGUUAAGGAAUACAGCCAAGAACAUGGUCAUCAAGGUAGAAAGUAUGGAUAUCCAAGGCCGAAAGGAUAAUUCAAAAUACAGUUCUAUUUGUGCCAAUUCAAUGUAUCGUAUCAGUGAAACAAUCUUGCUCUCCUACCAUGAGAACAUUGAGGAAGUUAGCCAAGAGGAACUAUUUGCACAGUUAUCAUCAAUGAUCGCAGAUAUAUUAGCUGCUUGUCUCACCAACUUACCCCAAGUCAUUAUAAGGAAAUGCCACACAAGUGCCAUAGAGAAAAGGGAGGCGAGUGUCCAAGCUGCUGCCCAACUUCUUGGCGCACGGUGUCUAAAUCUAGGUGUCCACCAAUACUUCCACCUCCCGCCUCUAUCAGUGUCGAUUCAGAAUCGGAAGUCACAGGUUAAUCAAAUCGUUAAGAGUUUCAGUCUCAAUAUUGAAAUCGAUUUGGAAGUUCUGGAAUCGGAAUUUGAAAACGGGCAUCUCAUGUUUACAAUCAACGCCAACAACCAGAUUUUGAUCAAAACCGACAGUUCCGAACGCAAGGAUAUCUACCACAAUAUUAUGGACAAUUUUGGCCACUUAUCUACUUUAAUAAAUGAAGGACUAUGGUAA